GGCGUUGCUGGGGCAGAUUAUCAGUGAAACGUUUCGAGAUGUGUGUGCCAGGUGAAAGGGAGCCGUGGAAAUGUAAGGACGAACCUUCCAGCUACAUUUGUACAACAUGCAAACAGCCCUUCAACAGCGCUUGGUUCCUGCUGCAACACGCACAGAACACCCACGGAUUCCGCAUCUACCUGGAGACCCACCCGACCAGCAGCCCCCUGACCCCCCGCAUCAGCAUCCCGCCCUCCUUGGGGCCGGACCCCAUCUCCCAGUCCCCCCUGGCCGGCUUCCUGGGCGACGGCAACCCCUUCAGCCUGCUGCGGAUGUCGGCCCCCCUCCUCCAUGAACACCAGCCGUUCGGAGACGUGCGGCUGCCCGGCACUCCGCCCAUAUUCAACCCCCCGCCGCGGCACCCCCACCUGGACGCCCACCGGCUGGACCGCCUUAGUGCCGACGAGAUGGGCCUCGUGUCCCAGCACCACAGUGCCUUUGAUCGCGUGCUGCGCCUGAACCCCAUGGGGGGCAUCGAAUCGCAAUCCAUGGAUUUCUCCAGGCGGCUCAGGGAGCUGGCGGGUAACAACAGCUCGACCCCCCCGCUCUCCCCCAGCCGCCACAACCCUAUGCACCGCCUCCUGCAGCCCUUCCACCCCAGCCCCAAGUCUCCCUUUCUCAGCACCCCUCCGCCCUUGCCCCCCAUGCCCCCGGCCAGCGCCACCCCCCCGCAGUCCCAGCUCAAGACCAAGUCCUGCGAGUUCUGCGGCAAGACCUUCAAGUUCCAGAGUAACCUGAUCGUCCACCGUCGCAGCCACACGGGGGAGAAGCCCUACAAGUGCCAGCUGUGUGACCACGCGUGCUCCCAGGCCAGCAAGCUCAAGCGCCACAUGAAGACCCACAUGCACAAGCCGUCCUCUGUCACAGGCCGCUCCGAUGACGGCCUGUCUGCGGCCAGCUCCCCCGAGCCGGGCACCAGCGAGCACGCGGGGGGCGAGGGCUGCGGCCUGAAGCCCGGGGGGGCGCCCGGCUUUCGGGGCGGUGGGGGCGGAGGGGGCCAUGACGGGGCGGGAGGCGGCGGAGGCGGGGGGCCUAACGAGGAGGAAGAGGAGGAGGAGGAGGAGGAAGAGGAGGAGGAGGAAGAGCUGGAGCUGGAGAACGAGAGCAGGCCCGAGUCGAGCUUCAGCAUGGACUCCGAGCUGAGCCGCAACAGGGAGAACGGCUCCAAACCGCUGGACAAGCACUGCGUCCUGCGCAAGGAGAUGGAGAGCGUCAGCCUGAGGGCUAUGCACCAUUACGCUGAGGCCCUGGUGCCACGAGGACUUGGUGAGGGGGGAGCUAGUCAGGCCGGAGCUGGUCAGGCCGGGAUGAACGGCAGAGGCUUCGGGCCGGGCGACGGUUUCCCCAUCUUGUUCCCCCGCAAACCCACCCCCAUCGCCAGCCCCUCGCUGUCCGUGGCCUCCGCCAAGCGCAUCAAGAUGGAGAAGGAGCUGGACCUGCCCUCGGCCCCCCUCAUCCCCUCGGAGAACGUGUACUCGCAGUGGCUGGUGGGCUACGCUGCCUCCAGGCACUUCAUGAAAGACCCCUUCCUGGGCUUCGGCGACUCCCGCCAAUCGCCCUUCGCCACCUCGUCCGAGCACUCAUCAGAGAACGGCAGCCUGCGCUUCUCCACGCCCCCGGGAGACAUGCUGGACGGCGGGGGGCUGUCGGGGCGCAGCGGGACGGCCAGCAGCGGCAGCACCCCCCACAUGGGGAUGUCGGGGCAUGGACAUGGUCACGGUCACGGGCCGGGGAGGCCCAGCUCGAAGGACGGCCGGCGGAGCGACACGUGCGAGUUCUGCGGCAAAAUCUUCAAGAACUGCAGCAACCUGACGGUGCAUCGUCGCAGCCACACGGGGGAGAGGCCUUACAAGUGCGAGCUGUGUAACUACGCCUGCGCCCAGAGCAGCAAGCUGACGCGCCACAUGAAGACUCACGGGCAGAUCGGCAAGGAGGUGUAUCGCUGCGACAUCUGCCAGAUGCCCUUCAGUGUGUACAGCACCCUGGAGAAACACAUGAAAAAGUGGCACGGGGAACACUUACUAACGAACGACGUCAAAAUCGAGGAGGCCGACAGGAGCUAAAACACAACAAAAAAACCACCACCGCCAACAACAACAGCAGCAGCAGCAACAACAACAACAAAAGACGCCAACGAAAAUACAAAAUGGCCGCUCCGCUCCCCAAUUUCCC